AGAGGAGGCUCUUCAGAGGCUGCUGCCAGUGGUCAAAGCCUCCAACAAAGCUCUACUGAGUCGCUGUAAACUCUCAAAGAGAAGCUGUGAUGCUCUGUCCUCAGUUCUCAACUCCCAGUCCUCUUGUCUGAAAGAUCUGGACCCGAGUAACAAUAACCUGCAGGAUUCAGGAGUGAAGUUUCUGUCUGCUGCACUGCAGAUUCCACAUUGUACACUGGAAACUCUCAGAGGUCAGAGGUCACAGUCUCCAGUGUCCAGCUGUGUGUCUAUGAGGAGUGACGUGUCCAAAGGAAGACCUCCAGACUUCAGUCAUGAACCUGCACCAGCAAUGUUCUUCAGUCAUGGAGCUCAGAUGACCAUAGGUCAGAGGUCACAGUCUCCAGUGUCCAGCUGUGUGUCUAUGAGGAGUGACUGGUCCAGAGAAAGACCUCCAGACUUCAGUCAUGAACCUGCAGCAACAAAAGGUCAGAGGUCACAGUCUCCAGUGUCCAGCUGUGUUUCUAUGAGGAGUGACGUGUCCAAAGGAAGACCUCCAGACUUCAGUCAUGAACCUGCACCAGCAAUGUUCUUCAGUCAUGGAGCUCAGAUGACCAUAGGGAGGAAGAGGAAGAGGAGUGGUGUUUGUGAGGAGGAGCGCCUGUCCUGCUGUGCUUUGUGUCAGGACGUCCUGAGGGAUCCAGUCUCUACCAGCUGUGGACACUGGUUCUGCAGACAGUGCAUCUCCUCAUACUGGGACCAGUCUGCUUCAUCAGGAGACUCCUCCUUUCCCCAGUGUGGAGAAAGAUCCAGAACCAGAGCUGGACUGCAGACAGCCAGUCAGAGCAGCUGUCUACAAACAGAUGUUGGUCUGCAGGAGGUUUUAGAUGAACAUAAGAUCAGUCUGAGGAGGAGAUGUGAACGUGUGACUGAAGGAAGUGAUGAAACAGGAAGUAGAACCCUCCUCAACAGGAUCUACACUGAGCUCUACAUCACAGAGGGACAGAGUGAAGAGGUUCAUACCCAACAUGAGGUGAGGCAGCUGGAGACAGCUUCCAAGAUGGACGCCCUCCAUGACGCUCCAAUCAGGUGCCAGGACAUCUUUAAAGCCUUACCUGACCAACAGAGAGCCAUCAGAGUGGUUCAGACCAACGGCGUGGCUGGUGUUGGAAAAACCUUCUCAGUGCAGAAGUUCACUCUGGACUGGGCAGAGGGCUUGGAGAACCAACAUGUCAGUGUGGUGGUUCUGCUUUCAUUCAGGGAGCUGAACCUGAUCAGAGAUGAGCAGUACAGUCUUCUGGAGCUGCUCCAUGUUUUCCAUCCAACAUUACAGAAGGUCACAGCAGAGAAGCUGGCUGUCUCUCAGCUUUUGUUCAUCUUUGACGGCCUGGAUGAAAGCAGACUUUCAUUGGAUUUCACCAACAGGAAGCUGCUGUCUGAUGUCACACAGAAGUCAUCAGUCAGCCAGCUGCUGACAAACCUCAUCCAGGGGAAUCUGCUUCCCUCGGCUCUUGUCUGGAUCACUUCCCGACCUGCAGCAGCCAAUCAGAUCCCUCCUACAUGUGUUGACAGGCUAACAGAAGUACGAGGCUUCACUGACGCCCAGAAGGAGGAGUACUUCAGGAGGAGAUUCAGUGAUGAAGAGCUGUCCAGCAGAAUCAUCUCCCACAUGAAGACAUCCAGGAGCCUCCACAUCAUGUGUAGGAUCCCAGUCUUCUGCUGGAUCACUGCUACAGUUCUGGAGCACAUGUUGACUACAGAGCAGAGAGGAGAGCUGCCCAAGACAAUGACUGACAUGUACUCACACUUCCUGCUGGUUCAGACAAAGAGGAAGAAGAACAAGUACCAUGAGGGCCAUGAGACGAGUCCACAGGAGCUGACGGAGGCUGACAGGGAAGUUCUUCUGAAGCUGGGGAGGCUGGCGUUUGAACAUCUGGAGAAAGGAAACAUCAUGUUCUACCAAGAAGACCUGGAGCAGUGUGGUCUGGAUGUGACAGAGGCCUCGGUGUACUCAGGAGUUUGUACAGAGAUCUUCAAAAGAGAGUGUGUGAUCUUCCAGAAACCAGUCUACUGCUUUGUUCAUCUGAGCAUUCAGGAGUUUCUGGCUGCAGUCUUCAUGUUCCACUGUUUUACCAACAGGAAGACUGAGGUGCUGAAGAACUUCUUUGGGAAGAAAUAUACAGAGUCAUCGUUGGAUGAUUUUCUGAAGCAGGUCAUGAGAAAAUCCCUCCAGAGUAAAAAUGGUCACCUGGACCUGUUUGUUCGCUUCCUUCAUGGCCUCUGUCUGGAGUCCAACCAGAGACUCUUAGUAGGUCUGCUGGGUCAGACAGAGAUCAGUCCAGAAACCAUCCAGAAAGUCACCAAGAACCUGAGGAAAGUGAACAGUGAUAAAAUCUCUCCUGACAGAAGCAUCAACAUCUUCCACUGUCUGAUGGAGAUGAACAACCUCUCAGUACAUCAGGAGAUCCAAGAGUUCCUGAAGUCAGAGAAAGGACCAAAGAAGAAACUCUCUGAGAUCCAGUGCUCAGCUCUGGCCUUCAUGCUGCAGAUGUCAGAGGAGGUUCUGGAUGAGUUGGACCUGCAGAAGUACAACACAUCAAAACGGGGACGACAAAGACUGAUUCCAGCUGUGAGGAACUGCAGAAAGGCUCGACUGACUUUGUGUGGACUCUCAGAGACUCACUGUGAAGUUGUAGCUUCAGCUCUGAAGUUCAACCCCUCCCAUCUGACAGAGCUGGACAUGAGUGAGAACAACCUGCAGGAUUCAGGAGUGAAGCUUCUGUGUGCUGGACUGGAGAGUCCAAACUGUCGACUGGAGACUCUGAGGUGAGUUCACUGACUGCAGCUGUU